CUCCACUGAACUCCAACCCCCGCGCUCUCUAUCAGCAUCUCAUUCCUGUUUCAAUAUGUCUCAAGAUGGCGGCCAAUGCAGGAUCGAUGUUUCAAUAUUGGAAGCGCUUUGACUUACAACAACUACAGAAAGAACUCGACGCCACCGCCACACAGCUUGCCAACAGACAGGACGAGAGUGAACAGUCCAGGAAGAAACUAAUCGACCUGAGCCGUGAGUUCAAGAAGAGCACACCAGAGGAUUUCCGGAAACAGGUCGCCCCUUUGCUCAAGAGCUUCCAAGGAGAGAUCGAUGCCUUGAGUAAGAGAAGUAAAGAAGCAGAGGCCGCCUUCUUGAACGUGUACAAGAAAAUAAUUGAUGUCCCAGAUCCUGUACCUGUGUUGGAGCUGGCUCAGCAGCUGCAGCUGAAGCUCCAGAGGAUGCACGACAUUGAGACGGAGAACACCAAACUCCGCGAGACACUGGAGGACUACAACAAAGAGUUUGCAGAGGUCAAAAACCAAGAGGUGACCAUUAAGGCCUUGAAGGAAAAGAUCCGAGAGUACGAGCAGUCUCUGAAGAAUCAAGCCGAGAACUUGGCCCAAGAGAAGCAGCUCCAGCUACACAACGACUAUGCAGAGAAGGAGAGGAAACUCCAGGAGAGCCAGGACUCCAUGUCCUCAAGGUUGGAAGAGGCCGAACACAAAGCCCAGUCCCUGCAGACAGCACUUGAAACGACUCAGGCCGAACUCUUCGAUUUGAAGACCAAGUAUGACGAGGAGUCCACAGCAAAGGCCGAUGAGAUCGAGAUGGUGAUGACCGAUCUGGAGAGAGCCAAUCAGCGAGCAGAAACGGCUCAACGAGAGACUGAGUCGCUGAGGGAGCAGCUGUCCUCGACUAACCUGUCCCAGCUCGGCAGCCCGGCCGAUGCCGACACCGACACGGAACAGCAGGCGGAGGCAGCGUCCCACUCAAGUCUGGAGGCGGAGCUUAGGGCCAAAGAGAGGGAGACCGCCCAGCUGGUGGAGGAUGUCCAGAGACUGCAGGCCAGCCUGACCAAACUCAGAGAGACUACCAGCUCCCAGAUCACACAGCUGGAGCAGCAGCUCAGCAGCAAGACUGCCGUUCUCAAGGAACUGGAGGACAAACUGCAGAAGCAAACUGACUAUGAGGAGGUGAAGAAGGAGUUGAGUAUCCUGAAGUCUAUGGAGUUUGGAACAUCUGACUCUGUGCAGGACUCCUCCAAACCUCUGGAGGUGCUGUUGCUGGAGAGGAACCGCAGUCUUCAAUCCGAGAGCGCCGCUCUGCGCAUUGCCAACACUGAGCUCAGCGGCCGUUAUUCCGAGCUGCAGGUGGAGUUCUCGUCUGCCGUGCGGACCAGUGGCGAGCAGAAGGAGCUCAUCCUGAAGCUGGAACACGACCUGAGCACCAUCCAGGCCAUGUCCUCCCUGCCGCGCCCCGACGCAGACGGGUCGGAGGUCAGCAACAUGGGGAACAUCCCGGAUCCCAUCAAAGAGGCCUCUGCGAUGUUUACUGGUUCAGGCUUGGGCCCCCAUGCCGAGCUUCCCCAGGGUCAGAUGGACUCUCUGCUCUCCAUCAUCUCCAGCCAGAGGGAGAGGUUCCGCUCCCGCAAUCAGGAGCUGGAAGUUGAGAAUCGCUCCAUGCAGCAGACCAUGCAGGCGCUGCAGAAUGAGCUGGACAGCCUGAGAGCAGACAACAUCAAACUCUACGAGAAAAUCAAAUUCCUGCAGAGCUACCCUGGCAAAGCUGGCGGCAGCGACGACACUGUGAUGCGUUACUCCUCCCAGUACGAGGAGAGACUGGAUCCGUUUGCUUCCUUCAGUAAGAAGGAGCGUCAGCGUCGAUACCUGAGCCUCAGCCCGUGGGACAAAGCAACCCUGAGCCUCGGCCGUGGGAUUCUCUCCAACAAGAUGGCCAGGACUGUUGCUUUCUUCUACACCUUGUUCCUGCACUGUUUGGUCUUCCUGGUGCUGUACAAAACCGCCUGGAGUGAGAGUAUCGGUAGAGAUUGCUCCGCCUUUUGCGCAAAAAAGUACUCUGACCACCUGCACCGUUUCCAUGAGAACGACCAAAACCUCUGAGCUGGUUCAGCAGCAUGCAUGUCCUGCACGUAGAGCUGAUCGUGCUCCUGAGGACUGAGCUUCACCUUUUUGUUUCUGCAGUAACUCAAAUCUCCACUAGGAGGCGGUGCAGGGCUGUGAACCGCAAAUCAAAAGGUCGAUAGAUUCAAAGAUGGGUUCUUCUUCUUUUCAUUUCCUGAUUCUUGAUCUUUAACAAGUUGCUAUUAAUAUAUACACGUCUAGCAAAAUAGUAACAGACGGUUCCGUCUUAUACGUAAUAAACAUAAUAAUGAGAGCCAAUUAUUCAUAAUGUUAUUAUUAAUCUAUUAAUCAGUGGCAGUGUAGAACAAAAAUAUAAUGAAGACAUUAUUGGGGUUCUUUGUGGGUUAGGUUGGAAUUUAGAGUAAUUUGAGAAUUAAAUUAAUAAAGACCAGGUUGAUUUAUUACUUCAGGUAAUAUGGUAAAUGUUAUUAGUUUAAUUGCAGAUUGUAAUGGGUAAUGUGGUUCAUAAAGGAUGAGGUGGUCAUUUUAAGAGGUGGUGGAACAAAUCAUACAGUAGUUAAGUUUACUUAUCAUUCCUCUGAGGUUUUACUACUCUACUCAACUACUAUGAGUGAUUAAGCAUAAAGUUUAAUAAAAUGUGUCUUUGGCACAAAGAGAUCAAGGUUUGCAGCAAUAACACACUAGCGGUUAAUGAGUCUUUUCUUUUCCAAGACGGAGUACUGUGCAUUCUCCGGCUUACUUUCUUUUGGCAAUGCAGAUAUAUUCCAAAUAAAGGCUAUGCGCUAUU